GUUCCCAAAAGUGAAAGUGAGACGGCCACAAAAGUGGCUAUUGAAGUGGGCUUCCGCCAUAUUGAUGAGGCUUUCCUAUACGAAAAUGAAAAAGAAGUUGGACGGGCAAUCCGAGCUAAGAUUGCAGAUGGGACAGUGACCAGAGAGGAAAUAUUCUACACGGGGAAGCUUUGGAGCAUGCACCACCGCCCCGAAUUGGUCAAGUCUGCCCUGGAAGAGACCCUGAAAAACCUCCAGCUUGAUUACAUU